AUGCCGCUUUUGUUGCCGGAUCUCCCCAACGAGCUCCUGGAUGGCAUUAUUGCCCUCCUCGACCGAAAGGAGAUAAAGACGAUCCGUGUAAUGUGCAAGAGGCUCUCCCUGGUUUCGUCCCGCCACCUCUUCCAUACGCUCUAUUUGAGCUGCCACGACCCCGAUCUGUAUCUCUUCGAGCUUGUUGCAGACAACGCGCUCCUGAUCUCUACAGUCAAGGAGUUAGUGAUUGAUGACACGACCGUGUCGAACACCCUGCUUGAUCGAAGAUUCUACCAACUGAUGACAAGUCACCAAGAACUUUGGAAGAACCGCAAGCUACCAUACUUCCCAGACCAUGACAGCCAGCCCUGGGAUCAGGACGGUCGGGCUUGGUCCCCCGUCGCUGACAACGAAUUUCACAACCUUCUGAAGCGCGUCUACGAAAAUCAUCACAGAAACCGAGCGAUGAACGCCGAUGUGGCUAUUCUUCGCCGUACCCUCCCAAAGAUGCUCUCACUUCAGAGUUUGGUCCUGAGCAACCGAACUGCUGACGACACUCCCCUCGAGGGAGCGCAAAGCAGAUACAAUUCGAGUGCCGUUGUCAAAAUGUGGCGCGAGCUGGGGGAGGCUCGCCGGGAACGACCGCCCUUUCCCCCUCGCGUGGACUGGUGGGCCCCCCUCCAGGACGACGAGUUUGAGGGCGACGAGGCAUUUCACGCAGACUGGCUGGUCGAUGGCUUUGAGGGGCACAUAUCGAUGAACGAGCAUCACCAAGUCGAGGAACUCGAUGAUAACGAAGCUGAUAACGAUGUCGCGCACUCAGAUGCCGGUAGUGACGCCCAGGGCCAGGCCCCUACCCCCGAUACCCUCGAGAACCACCCAGUCCCCCACCAUCCAGCCAUCCCUCUUAUUGGAGCCCGAGCAUUACGCCGAGAAAGUCGUGGCCUACAAGUCGUCAUCGAUGUCCUGUCCAACCGCGCAGUCCAAUCCCGUCUCACUUCGUUUCGCGUGGAUGCGUCUCUGGACACAAUAUCCGACGUGCAGCAACCCGGAUUGUCCAUGCGCCUGUUCGAUUUUGUGAGCCCUCCGUUUGCUUCAAGACUGGCAGCGGGUUUCUCCGCAGCCAACAUCUCAAAGUUCGACUUGGUCCUCUCCAAUGGUCGCGACGGUAGUGCUGGGCAAGCUAUUCUUGACCAUGGCCUGGUGGGCAGCGUUCUGGCUUCUAUGCCUGGACUGACUGAGCUUUCGAUUGAGGGCCACAAUCUUGGAGUCAUCGGAGCAGUCCCGGACGGAGUUGUCUUUAAACAACUCAAGCGUGCUUCGUUCUUUUGCGGCCUAGUCUCUAGAACAGAGAUCCGGCAAUUCGUUCGUCGACAUGCGAACACCCUGAAACAACUGACUAUCGCGUACUGUAGCCUGGAUGAUCUCGACCCGAGCUGGGAGGACGUUGUUGAAGAUAUCAACCUAAUGCAGGGCACCGGAGGAGCCAGUCUGGACAGCAUGUCGCUCGUCUCGGCAUACUCCUCUGUUCCGUUCACCGGCUGCGGUCGCAAUAAGACCAAGUCACGCCCGCCGUCCGACGAAGAGGUUUACUCGUUUAGUCUAGGUGUCGAUGAGACCCUCGUCCUCUGCCCGAGCGAGGACUUGGGGCACCAGACACCGUGA